GAAAAACCGAACUAAGGAAGGCCUGGAGCUCCUGAGCAUCUUAUCUGAGGGUGGAAUUAUACCUGAGGAUUUAGUGAUGAAGCUGAUUCUUGCCAGGCUGAACGCACCUGAUAUUGAGCACUACGGUUAUGUACUGUGCUGCCUGCCAUUCAUGUCAGAGGAGUACCUGAAGAUCUCUGACCAGAUUGAACUGAUCAAAAACCUGAAACUAUCACCGGAUUUCAUCAUUAAUAUCAAGUGUCCAGACCAGGACCUGGUCCAGAGGCUGUCAGGUCUGAGGCAGCACCCAGUCACGGGGCAGCAGCACAGCGAGGAGGAGUGGAAACUUGAAGAAAUGUUCAGCAAGGAGAAGAUGGACCAGGAGGUGAAAGAGGAGGAGGAGGAGGAGGAGGAGCAGGCCGAGAAGAAGCAUAAAAUACAUAUUACUGACUUCACGAUGUGGACACCAGAAAAUCUGCCCAGAAACUCCUCUAUCAGAAUCAACAUGUACAAAGAGACCCUGCUGAGACCACUGGAGGCCUACAUGACAGAGCACAACCCUCUCUACCUGUUAGAGCUCGAUGGAAACAACUCACCUGAAGAGCUUCAUUCGUUUGUGAUGAGCCGCCUUGUAUCCAUGGCGUUGAAGCGYGUCUCUGUUCCAGUCCUCCUCCAACAACCUGCUGAUGAAGAACUGCCAGAGAGUAUUGACACAGACAGCCUUUUGAGAGUCAUGUCUUCCUCUAAGACGGUGGCGCCGGGCUUUCGGUGGAGAAGGAGCCGCUGGGGCCGAAAUUGCCCUGUCGCCCUGAAGGAGGGCAAGCUCAUUCCUGGCAAACCAGAAUUUUCUGUGGGCUUUCAGGACAAGAUGUACAUCCUCUCGUCUCAGGAGGCCUACCACAAGUUUGUCACGAACCCCCGACCGUACUUACUCCCUCCGAUGCCCAGACCCCCCUGCAAGGUGUCUAUCAUUGGGCCUCGUCAGGCUGGGAGGAGAACCGUGUGUGGCCUUCUUGCCCGGCACUACGGCGCUGUGGUGCUCGACGCGGAGGAGCUGUCGCAGCCGCUUUUAUCCAAGGCUGAACAGGAACGGUUGGACAAAAUCCAAAAGGAGACAACACAGGCGGCUAUAGAGAAAAUCCAAAUGAAGCUGGAGCAAGAGGAUGAGCAAAAUCUGGAUAAAACCAGCUCUGCAGAAGUGACAGAGGAUCAUCCAGAAGUAAAGGCCAUGGUGCUUCAAGCCGUGGAGGAAGCCAAACAACGCAGCGCACCUCGUUUUGACCUGUAUGCUGAUGUGAUGUUGAAGCAUAUAAAAGAGUUGAUGUUACAGAUCGAAGCGUUGGAAUCAGAUGCCGAGGUCCRGACCGGGUGGGUGCUUGACAACUUUCCCGUCAACAUUUAUCAAAUGGAGGCCUUASAGGAAGCUGGAAUCCUGCCAGAUUUCAUUUUCUGUCUCAAAGACGGUAAUGGACAUCAAGAUCAGUCUGACAGCUCCACUUCUUCAGCUCCCAAUUUAUUCAAAUCUGUCGCGUCGCACGAUGACUUGGAGCUGGGCUCUCCGGACGUCCCAGAGAUGGACGAGUAUAAACGGCAGACGCAGCAGUUUGACGGGGAGCUGGAUCAGAUGCUGUCGGCUUUAACAGACAAACACUGUGUCGUGGAGAUUGGCAGCAAAAGCCCCGAGAACUUGCUUCAAGACAUGAUCCUACACAUGGAGAAACCAUUUCAGUAUGUGGCCUCGGAGAUGUCUUCCUUCGAUCUGGAUGAAGAAGUUGAAGAUGCCGAGGCUUUGCAGGCAUUUGAAGAAGCAGAAGAAGACAGCGGUGAUGACUAUGCCCAAAAGGAAACAAAUGAGCAGGAGGACAUCCAAAUAGGCAAAAGAUUGUUAGGCGAUACCAAGCAUUUCUGUCCAGUCGUCCUAAAAAACAACAACGUCCUGCGGCCGUGCACAGACGAAAUAGCUGCAAAAUACCGCGAGAGGACRUUCUACUUCUCCAGCCCGGACGCCAGAGACUCCUUCCUCCACAAUCCUGUCCAGUUCGUUGCACAGACUGAGCCCCUUCAGCCCCCCGCCUUGAGAAUCCUCCUGCUGGGAGUCCGAGGGUCGGGCAAGUCGACUGUUGGCGGAUGGCUCGCGCAGAGGCUGGGGCUGUUCCACAUCCAGUUCAGAGAGCAGCUCCAAACGUGGAUCGUCGCCAAGACGAAGGAAAGGAUCCCUUCUGCCGAUGAGGCGAUGUUUGUGAAGGAGGAGUCUGAGGACCUGGAGGUCCUUAUAAAAGAGGCCAUGAUGGAAGGAGRCCAACAGGUUGCAGCAGAUAACUCUGACAACGUGAUCGACACAAAGCAGGAGGUGUGUUUGACAGAAGAAGAAAUGGCCAUCAAAGCCUACCUAUCUAGUGGAGAUCCUCUGAGUCCAGAGAUUCUGGAUAGGGCUAUCACACUUUUCUGGAAACAAGAACCAUACAAGUCCACAGGGUUCAUCCUGGAGGGUUUUCUUCAUGACCCCGAUCAGGUCCAGUAUUUGUUGGAGAGACAGCUUUUCCUUGAUGUAGUCAUAGUCAUGGAAGUGGGUGUCGCUGAUGUUCAGAAGCGCCUGUUGCCAGCGUACCUUGACAAAUGGCGCGAGCUCCGCAAUAAGCRCGAUCACCAACUGAAACUUCUGCAUGAGCUGCGCAGAAAGAAUCUGGAGGAGAAUAUUUCCAAAAGAAGAGCAGAACUCCUCGCAGAGCAAGAGCUGAAAGGAGACAAAGGGAAGCUCGGGUAUAAUCUGAAAGACAAUGAUGGGGAUGAAGAGGAAGGCAUGGACAGUAUGGAAGACCAGAUAGAAGAGAUACUAAGACAGGAGUUUCCCUUAGAAGAUGAUAAUGAAGAGAGGGAAGCUGAGGAGACUGAAGAUGCAGCAACUGAGCGGCUGGAGAUGGAAAUAGAAGAGCGGUUUGGAACCGAUGAAGACAACAUUGCAACUGUGACGGAACUCCUGAGUGAACWUAACGUACCCACAAUGGUGAUCAAUGCAUCACGCAAAAUCCAGAUCAUUCAGAAUCAUCUGCUCCAGAAAAUCCAGCCCCUGCAGGCCAACAGGGAGUCCCUCUUCCAAACAUGCGAGCCCAUUUCAUGCAGCCUCGCUCAGCAGCUGCUGUUCUCCACCUACAAGCUUCACAGCGCCUUCGGCUGCCGGGACCCCAUCCAGCUGUACGAAAACAAAGACAUAAUUCAGCCUCUUCAGUGGCCCCUCGACACCACGUAUCCCCUCCUCCUCAGUCGAUACGUUUACCUUUUUGCAUCCGAAGAGAACCGCAACAAAUUCAUGCUCAACCCCUUAAAGUAUCUUCGCCAACCAAAGCCCAUGCCUACACUCCCUGUAAAAAUAGCUGUCAUCGGACCUCCUAAAUCUGGGAAAACUACAGUGGCAAAGACAUUUGCUCAAAAAUAUGGCUUGGCUCGACUGUCCAUUGGUGGCGUGAUGCGUAUGUUACUGAACGAUCAGGGGCACACGGAUCUGGCAGAUCAGAUGAGAAGUUACCUCACAUGUGGUCUUGUUGUGCCUGAUGAAUUGGCCGUUCAKUGUCUGGAGGUGGCACUCCUAAGUUCAGUCAGCAGCAUUCAAGGGUAUGUUUUGGAUGGCUUUCCAGCGACCCUCAGGCAGGCUGAACUGAUGGGAUCUCGCAGCAUCAUCCCCAUGCUAGUGAUAGAGCUUGAACUCGACACCUUGGAGGUGCUACAAAGAGGCCUUAUAGACAAGAUGAAGUCCAAUAAGCCCUACCUGAUGCAUGACAGCUCUGAGAUCCUGCACAGCUGCACUUCCAUUUAUAAGGAGCAGGUGGGUCACAUAAGGCGAUACUACCAACAGGAGCAUCAGAACUGGUUUAUUAUUGAUGGCUCAAAGAGCAAAUGGUGGCUCUCGACCAACAUUUUGAAGGAAGUCAGCAUCAGCAUGAAAUCUAUCCAGGCUUACCUUGAAAGAACACAAAGCGGGCAAGCUGCCUGCAUCAACAGGCUGUGUAUCACACCCAAAAAGCUGGACAGUGGCCUUGGAGAGUUUGGUCAAUACUGUCCUGUCUGCCUGGCUCUACAGCACCACCUGGUGGACGGCUCAGACAAUGCAGACUUGACUUACGCAGCAGAGUACAGGAGACGUUAUUACAAGUUGUGUGGCAAAAACCAUCUGGAGGAAUUCCUGUCAACUCCUGAUCAGUUUGUGGAACCCAGCUGCCCCCACAGCCUCCCACAAGCCACCCUGCUGCCAAGAAAACUGAGUGAGAGUCAGGUGAAGAGCAAGUUCCCACAGGAGGCGGAAAUGAAGGGCUUCUGUCCUGUCACUUACAUGGACGGGAAACAAAAAUACGAAGCACUGAUUCGAGGAAAGAUGGAAUAUGCGGUGGAGUACAGAGAAAGAAUCUACCUUUUUCAAACAAAGGAGAAACAGGAAAUGUUUCUGAGAACUCCUGGAACCUACUGGGACCAAAAGCUGCCAAGAAAAGUUCCCCCCCUUCCUGAACCUGUUCCUCUCUCCUCCCUUCCAACACUGGGCUACCUGGAACAGGGAGUGGCAGUUGAUUUGAUUAAGGCCCUGACAGCUGUUGGGACUCUCAAACCAAAGCACCCCUUUCAUAGCAUCCAAAGAUCAGCUCUGAUCUACGUAGCCUACUAUUUGAAAGCUUUCAACAAGAAGAGCACAGAACACAACCGCCAAAUGUACAAAAAGAAGCUUGCCUUGUUUGAAGAGAACUGUGAGCUCAUUCCUUACCUAAGUUCAGCGAUGGAAGGGAGGUACAAGCCUCCCAGUGAACGCCCCAUUGAUUUCAACUUCAAACUGAACCAGUUCUUGGCGCUGGGAGUCCCGGGAGCAAAUKAUCUUCUGUAGCUAUAUUUGUUUGGCUCAUUUCUGCAAAGCCURUCAGCAUUGCUCAAAUGAUGGUAUAAUAUCUACAAUGCAGAGUAAUACUAAAAGAACAACUUGUCUGUUUUGGAAAUGUGUCAAAUCUGUAUUGAAGCAUCAAUUAUCUUCAAAAAUAAAACAUGUUUGAUAAUCA